AUGAAAGAAGGAGAAUCUGUAUUGAGUUACUGUGCUAGAACAAUGGAGAACACUAAUAAAAUACACUUCCACGGUGAGAAGAUGGACGAAGUAUCCAUUGUGGAGAAUAUUUUGCGCUCUCUGACAUCAAAAUAUAAUUAUGUUGUCUGGUUAAUUGAAGAGUCAAAAGAUAUAGAUGAACUAUCUCUUGAUGAAUUGCAAAAGAAAAAGGAAGAGGUAGAGGUAGAGGCAGAGAAAGAGAAGGAGAAAGAAGAGAUCUUGGAGGUAGGGAUUUCAGCAGGAAUUUCAAAGCCAAUAUCGAUCAAUCUGAAGGUAGAGGUCGAGACCAUGACAAAUCCAAGGGAGACUGUUAUAGAUGUCACAAAUUUGGAAGCAGGAACUUUGUUGAUGGCUGUCCAUGACAGAACAAAAUACCUGACUGAUAUUUGGUAUGUAAAUUCCGGAUGCAGUAACCAUAUGUGUGGAUACAAAUUUUCUUUUUCAUCUUUAAAUGAUAGUUUGCGUUCUACUGUAUCAUUUGGUGAUUGUUCAGCUGUGGAAGUGAUGGGAAAAGGUGAUAUCAGGAUUAAAACCAAGAAUAGUUUUGUGGAAACAAUCUCUUGCGUAUUGUAUUUUCCUGACUUGAAAGCUAAUUUACGUAGUGCUGGUCAGUUGCAAGAAAAGGGUUAUAUCAUCACUACGAAGAAAGGUAAGUGUGAAAUUUAUGAUCCCGUGAGAGGAGCUAUUGCGGUAGUUCAAAUGAGCUCCAAAAGAUUAUUUCCACUAAAGAUUGAUAACAUUAAAUCUUGUUUGAUGGUUGAAACAAAAGAUUCCUCAUGA